AUGUCCUGUUUAUGUAAUGUGCGGGACCCUGGUGGUAGCACAGCCGAAGUACAAGGAAUCUUGGUGGUGAUAAUUUGUUUACAUUGGGGAGCAGGCCCACCGCAUCAACAAGCUGCUGCUUGUACUCAGUUGGAAAAAUUGUCUUCUGCUCUUCCUGAUGUAUUGGAAAAUCCUGCAAUUA